CAUGAGGACCCUCGGAGACAUGGCCCGCGCCUGUUCUAUGGCCCCGGGUGGGUCCCGGCGCGCUCGCCUGGGCCGGGAGGAGGACGUCCCCUGCGUGAAAGGACGUAAAAAGCACCAGUUUAACGUACCAGCGUGGUUUUCGUUUUACUUGCUUGUGAACGCGCUUUCUGUGUUCUGCUGUUACUUGGAAGUGAAUUCGCGAUACAAUGAAAUGGACAAGUGGCAACCCAUAGUCCUCGUCGCAUACCUGGCCCUCGCCUACGCCGCCGUCGGGGCCCUCUUCGACGGCCGCCGCCACGGACCCCGGCUCGAGGUAGCGCGUCUCCUGCUGUUCCUCCUCCUGUCCCGCGCGUACCCCUUGUUCGAGGCCCCCGCGGUCAACCAAGCUCACGCGCUCGUCUUGGCUCUCAGCCUGCUCCUCAGCCCCGCCGUCGCCAGCGCCUCCGCCAGCGGGCAGCGCGGAGGGCGGCGCGGCGGCGGCGGCGGCGGAGAGGAGGAGGAGAAGCCGAGUGACGGAGGACGAGCCGGAUCUCGCCCGAGCGCUCGUGGCUUCGAAGCUUCUCUCCGAGCUCCUGCGUUUCGUCCUGGUUAAAAGACACACACGCACGCACACACACACACACACCACACACACACACACACACACACACACACACACACACACACACACACACACACACACACACACACACACACACACGCACACACACACACACAUACGUUUUUCUUUCUGCUCAUGUCGGCGAACAGAAAACAGGUGAAUGGUAGAGAGGAAGACUUUGACUUUGACUUUGACUUUGACACGUUUAUUGAGACAAAAGUAGAUAUGUAGAAAAGAGAGGGGAU